AAUUUCGGACAUGAUGUCUGCAUUCCAAUCCAUUAAGUCUGAUAUCAGCGUCAGUAGCUUUGGCUCUGAUUAUCUUGGGCUUGGUGGUAACCAAGAAGAGGUAGAGAAAAUAAUUGAGCAAAUCAAAGCAGACCAACAAUACUUUUAUAUCAACUUUGAACAAUUUAAGGAUGAAAUCAACAAAGAAGAGACUCCUUUAUAUGACCUCGCCAAUAACAUCGCAGUUGAUCGGGCAAUUAUCAGAAGGUUGGUAAUCCGCGAAGAGAACUAUGAGAAAUGGACAAAUGUUGCAGAAUUCUUACUAGAAAGAAACAAAAGCUUGAUCUCAACUCUUGAAGUCUCUUCAAAGCAGUUAGCCAGAACAAAGGAAAAUUACUCUCGACUCACUGAAGAAGUUGAAUACUUAGACGAUUUGCUUAAAAGAAACGACAAAAAGACCGAAGAUAUGCAAGAGUAUGUCAGGGAAUACGAAGAGAAAAUCACCGAACUUGAGUCAGACCUUCGAGAUAAGCAGGAUAUAAUAAAUCAAUUUCAUCAGGCACCAAAUUUUGCUAGGCUCCUUGACUUCUCUUGUGAGGAUAACAUAGGCCUCCCUGAUGAUCCUAUCUUUGAAACCUUCGACUUAGAUUGUGACCCUAACGAGUUAGACUACAGCCAGAAUGAAUACGAUAGGUUUUCCUUAUACUGAGCUGGGCAAGAAUACAAUCACAAACUAGUUGACCUCCUCAAGAAGCACAAGAAGGAAAAUGAAGAACUCAGACAAAGUAUGGACCACACCACAGAAGAACUCAACUCUUUUCAAGAGAAAGAGAAGGAAGAUAAGGAGAGGAUCGAAGACCUUGAAAAAGAUAUCGAGAUCCUAAAGACGCACGUGGUCGUCCUUGAGAAAGAGAAAAUGAAUAGUGAGAAAUAAGUAUAAAAAUUUACACUAUAAAAUUCAAGGGUUUAAGAAUGAAGUUAAAAUCUACAGAGAUAACUGUGAAGACCUAGACCAAGCUAAUACUAUAUUAGAACGAAAUUGAUCAGCUUUAAACAGAGAAAUUGAUAUUUUGAGAACUCAAAUUUAAAAAUAUCGAAUAUCUGAAUCGAAAGUAUGAAGACCAGAAUCUAAAUUUGGAUCUCUCUAAACUCUCUUUCAAUUUUUCAACAAAACAAAUAAGUCCUUCAAAUGUCAGGAGGAAAAGCAAAAGGAGGCACUUGACUAAGAGCCAACCAAGAAGCAAGCAGCCUACUCAGAAAGAGAAUAAUCUAAAUACUCAUAGAAGAUCAGUGAGUCAAAAUAGUCAUCUACCAUCAAGAUCGAGCAAUCUUAAUUUUGAGCCAGGUUCUCCAGAGAAGCAGAAUGGUUAUCUAACUGGAAGGAAAAGGCUUAAAAGGUAUAACUCAAGAGAUCAUAUCAAUAAAUGGUAUGCUUUUAGUUCAGGAAGGAAAUCUGUAGCAGUUGAAGAACCAGGCUGAGAUCUUUUACAUAAGAAAAACAAUGUUGUUAGAGAGAACAGUGCUAAUCCAAACUUUCUCCAACGGUCAAGUGAUAUUGAAAACCCUCUCUUCACAAACAACAAGAGUCUUGAAGAUCGACAAGAUUCUGACUUAAGUGCACUAAAUAUUGAUGAAAGCCAAUUUAUUAAAGAAGAAGGGACAUGUAGAGAUGUAAUGGAAGCCAAUGACUCUUUAUUUUCAAAGUCAAAUCUCACUCUCAUUAGAACUAAUUCUCUAAUGUCCCAGAACAAUAAUGAAUCUCCCAAGAAUAUAUCUGGAACUGUAGCUGAGAGUGAUCUAUCGCUUUUCAGAAAUUCUAGAGGGAAAGCUUUAUAUCUAGAAGGUAUCGAGACCAUUUUAGAAGCCAAUGAAAACUCCAGUUCGAUAAACAAUUUCUCAAGAGAAAACUCAAGGAAUUUUACAAAAGCAAUCUCAAGAGGUGAACUCCUCAACUCCGAUAGGAUAAAAGAGUCAUCCAUUAUAGAUGAGAAAUUAUCAAAGGAGGAGUCCAUUUGUUCUUCAUCUGAAGAAGAUAGUAGAUUUGCUCAUCUAGAGGAAAGGAAAGAUCCUAUUUUUCUGAAACACAAGCCCCAACCAAAAUUUUCAUUAAAUAUUCUGAGGCCUGUAGAUCCUAAAGAUGAUAGUACUAUUGACCUCAACCCUCGAGGAGGCUCUUCUUAUUCAAAAAAUUCAGAAUCACGUUAUUUUAAAGAUGAGAUUGGGUCUUUAUUUUGCGAUCCUUUUGAAACUUCUCCUUCGAAUAGAAGCAUUGAACCUCCCAAGAAUCUACUUGUCAGGCAAAGCUUUAGCACAAAGGAAAUAGACAAGAAGCUCCCAAAGCCAAACCUUUUAUGAGUGCCUAAUACUGCAAGGAAUGAGUCUCCGCUCAAAUCUCCAAACAGGCAGACUCUUCCGCAUCCAGCUAGAAAAACUUUGCUGUCUAAUGCAGAAAAGAUGUUUAAUAAGGUAGCAAAAGGAUAUUUCAGGCAGGACCAAUGCAGAGAUCCCAGAAUAUUUAACUCAAGUAGAAGGAAACUUACUGAUCAAUUAUCUCACAAAAGAGGAUCUUUAUUUGCCAAUAAUGCUUUGAAAUCAGAAAGUUCGUUCUCAGAUGUAAGCGCACCUAAGAAUACCUUAAAGUCUGUCCUAAUGAGGAACAAGGUGAUUGGCAAUAAACCAUGAGUUCAAUGUAAAGAUAGAAAAGAGCCGAUUGAAGAGUUCUUCAAUAUAUUAGUGAUAUCCCUCAAACUUGUUCAUAAGGAGAAAAAUCUGAUUCUUGAUUACCCUGUGAGAAAAAUUUAUCAAAAAGCUUUAAAGAAAAACAUCCAAUUUUAUGAAUUUUCUAGUUUUAUUGAUAAAUUCCUGGAUGCUUUAGCUCUUAAAAUAAAUUAUAAGCGAUACCAGAAGCUUCAGGCUCAGAAAAUAAAAAAGCGAAAACUUAGGAAGGUUUUGAUGAUGAACAAGGAUUAUUUAUGCAUCUAUCCUAAAGUACGGGUUCUAGGCAGCCCUAGAGAUUUCGAAAUAAUUGAUGGCUUUUUCUUAAAAUAA